AUAUAGAAAGAGAAGCAUGUAAAAAAAUUUUAAAAAAAGUGGGCAUAUGAAAAUAACCAUAGCAUCAUCUUCUUCUACAUCUUCUCUCUUGAUUCUCACCUACUACCCUCACCCACCUCCUCAACUUGCACUAAGCAAGCUCCUCAAUUCCUUUUUAAGUCACUUCUCUCUCUCUCUCUCUCUCUCUCUCUCUCUCUCUCUCUCUCUUUUUUCCACCCUUUCCUUGAAUUCAUGGAUUGAUGUCAGCAACCCUCAAGCCAAAAGGGAUAUAGAAACUAGAGAGUUUUCAGAGGGAUCAUCACUGUCCAAAAGGCGAAUACACGUAGGAAUAGGAUCUUCCAGGGCAUCAUUUUUUAUCAGUUUGUUCUGUUCUCUCACUAUCGAAGAGCUUUUCUUGCCAAAUAUAACCAAACAGCCACACAAAGUCUUCAAACUCCUUGAAUCAUCAUAUUCAAAAAUUUUUUUCCUAGCAAUGGAUUCCUUCAAUCAAACUUCUGAAUUCCGGUAUAACCCAAAUUCCAACAUAUUCGGUGAUGAUGAAGGUGAUUCUGAAGAGUCAGGGAUUCUUGAAAUUUAUGUUCAUCAUGCUAGGAAUAUUCACAACAUAUGUAUCUAUGAUAACCAAGAUGUCUAUGCAAAAUUUUCUCUUACUUACAACCCAGAUGAGACCCACUCAACUAGAAUUAUCCAUGGAGGUGGCAAGAACCCAGAAUUCAAUGAAAAACUGGUGAUCAAAGUAGCCCAACUUGAUGCAGUUCUCAAGUGUGAGAUUUGGAUGCUUAGUAGAGCUAGAAACUUCAUGGAGGAUCAGCUUUUAGGAUUUGCUCUGGUUCCAAUUUCACAAAUUGUUGGCAAAGGAAAGGUGACUCAAGAUCAUAGCCUCUCCUCCACUGAUUUCUUUCACUCCCCUGCUGGCACUGUCCAACUGACUCUUUCUCUGAACACAGCUUUGCCUUUGAAUCCCUCUGCAGCUUCUAAUUCUUCCAUAUCAGCUGAAGUUGUGUUGCUUGACAGGAAAAUAUCCGAAGUAAUUAUUGAUCCUGUUGAGUAUUCGAGGAUUGAAUUUCCUGAUAUCAAUGUUGUUACUGAGAAUCAGCAAAUGGUAUCUGAGUAUUAUGAUGGUUUGGGUUCCAGGCCUGGCUCAUUUCUUCAUCUUGGUGCCUCUCCUCAUCUUACUGUUGUAGACUAUGAAAUGAACAUAAAUUCCUCCGAGGAAAAUCAAGGAGGUUCCACUUCUCCCAAUGAGAGCAUCCAAAAUUCAGGUUUCUUGAGCUCCACCACCACUAGCCUAAGCGAUGAUCGAAACUCCACCGAUUCGAUUGACAAAAAGGGGCUCCUAUGCACUCAUUCUUCAAACUCCCUCAACAUUUCGAUCACCACAGAGGCAAAUCAUGGCUCGAGCACUUGCCCUGACACUCCGACCUCAAAGAAAGGAAGUGAAAUGAAAGAGGAAAAGGACUCGAACUUUUCGAGCAAAGAGGAUGAAGGAAACAAGGAAGGGACUAUAAAUUCUGUUAAAUUUGGUCAAGUAUUUUCAUCUCCAUUAGGGAAUAUCAAUCUUGAGGCAGAGCAAUCUGCAAUGCAGCAACAAAUAGUAGACAUGUACAUGAGGAGUAUGCAACAGUUCACUGAAUCUUUAGCCAAGAUGAAGCUCCCUAUGGAUCUUGACAAGCCUGAACGUGAAGAUCCUGGCGAUUUGAUCCAAGGCCAUAGCAAUAAACUAGAGCUUGAGAAGAAGCAGAAAAAGGAAGGAUCGCGGGUGUUCUAUGGAAGCAGGGCAUUCUUCUAAUUUUAUUUAACUGCUGCUGCAUGUAUGUUAUCUAGGUUUGUUCUUCCAGGAUAUGGAGUUUAAUUUAAUUUAUUGAGACUAUGGUUUCUGUGGGCUUCAUUUUGUGGUAUUUGCGACUGAAAUUAGUUCUCUUGUAGUCUUGUUUUAACCAUUUCUUCUUCUAAUGUGUUUCAUUAACCAUUACGAAUCCAUAAUUCAUGCUGUGUUGUGUUUGCUUUC